ACCAUAUGACCGGCAAAGUUCCACUCGUCACACUUACACGCUAUCCUAUAGGCUAAACAGAAGAUAGUUGCUCCUUUUCGGAUAAACUUAAACAGCUCCCGAGAACUGUAAGCUGAGUUAACUAAAAGCGUGAAAUUGGAAUCUCCCAUCUGUGUUUCCAUGGUGACCGCCCGCUGAUAUAGAAGGUCGUCUGCAUUUGUUUAAAGACACCCAGCAGCGGACGUUCAGUUUACAUGCAGGAUUCAGCGUCAAUAUUUGUAGUACAAUUCAUGAAUUCUCCCCUACAAUAGUAGUUGCGCCCACCACCAUCGUACCCGGAAGCUGCUCGUUUUGGAAGGAGAUAUCUGUGGAAGUGUGCAGAGGAUUGUCUUUCACUGAAUCACUUCUACAAGCAAGGACAAGUCCUAAGCACCACUUGCCUGUCAGCUCUGAAACAAAACCCCUGAUUCUACCAAACCUGAGUGGGGGAUCACGUGUUUAUGCUCCUGUCAAAGAGCUGCUGACCCCAUUGGCUAAGGAGGUGUGAGGUGUCCCCACCACGUGUGCUUCUCUUGCAGUUAGUCAGUCACCCUGUUUCUGGGAUGAGCUCUGUACCAGAAUGGGUGCUGAUUUCCCUCGUAGCAGUCAUGGUAGUUCUUCUACUUCUCACCUUGUUUGGCUUAGCUGUGUAUUCAGGGCUGCUCACAGAAGUGGAGGUUCGGGCAGGGCCCCCGCCUAUCAGGGGUGCGGUGUUGGCUUACAAAUUUCGAGUGGGACCUUAUGACGAAAGUGGCAAUUUGUAUACAGAAAAUGUCAGCCUUGCUCCCAAGUUGGUGUCCAUUGGGGUUUACUAUGACAACCCCAUGAAGGUCCCUGUGGAGUUUUGCAGAUAUAUAGUGGGCAGUAUUCUCAGUGAAGGAGAUGAGAAGCCUCUUCCGGAUCAUGUCAGAAUAUUCCGUAAACAUGGCUUCAAGUUCUGUGUUUUGCCAGAAGUGAAUCAUGCUGUUAUGGCUACCUUCCCACAUACCACCCCAUUCUCAAUCCAGCUUGCAACUACCCGAGUUCAUCCAGCGCUGGAGAAGUAUGUUAAGGAGAGAAAGCUAUGUGCUCAUCCUUAUGUAGAAAUUUACAAAGGGGACAAGAUAAUCUUCAUGUGCCCACUGUCUCGCCAGGAUGAGUUCUAUGUUCCAGAGAUGAAGGAGCUGCUUAGGAAAGAGAGAGGAGAGACAGAGCAGCCUGAGCUUGCAGCUUCUGAGCUGGAAUCUUUGUUGCCAGAAGAAAUCUUAAGCCUAGACUUGGUCUCUGAGAGCCCAGAGGAAUUGGAAGGUGAAGUUGCACAGAAGAAGAGACAUGCAGACAGUGAGAGGAGUCACAGCGAGUCUGGGGCUAAUGGUUCUACUGUGGAAGAACUGGACUUGGAUGGCAGUGGGGCAGUUGCAAAGGCCCAGAUGGACACUAAUAACAAGUGGAGCAAAACAAAAGAAGCAUUGGAAAAACAGAGAGCAGAGGAAUGAGGCAGCAUGUGCAUCAGUUUCAUUCACUUCAUUACUCUGCUUCCUAGCUGUCCUACUCUGUCCAUGUUACCUUUGUGCUUUUUUUAAAUACGUGUUUCCCUUUUAGUAGAGACAGUGUAAACUCUCAAAGAAGAUUCAUAUGUGUUGUUAGUUCAGAAUGCUCAACAUGAUACAGUGUAAUGAUUGUAAGUUAUAUUUCAAAAAUCAAUAUCCCACAAUGUACAGACCAAGAAAUGUAAGUUCUUAUGGCUUUAGAGACAUUUACUAUGUUAUGCACACAGAGACAGAGUCCUAUAACUCUUGACAAUCAAUUAGCUGUUUGCUUUCAACAUUCUAACUGCACUCAAAGACGACUCCUUAUUUGUUGCUAUGGUUUACUGAACUAGGGGAACCAUGCCCAUGUUUGUGCAUAGUUUUGCAUGCAUUUCUUUACUGUGUUUUCUCAAUCUAACACUUUUCCACAGUACAUCCAAUACACUGGUGAUGUCUAUCACAGACUGGUACCAUGAAGCUCGCGAUUGCACCAUGAUAGUCUGUGUGUGUGUGUUAGGUUCAGCAAAUGACAAGUUGAGAUGACCUACAUCUGAUUGAUCAACCAAGUAAACAAUUGCUUGCUUAAGGAACAACAAUAUUAAAUCAUUCUAUAUUUAAAAAUAUCUAAGAAUAAAAAAAAUUAAGAAUCUU